UCAUCAGGACAAAGUCGGGACAUCAUCGCCACAGGGUGUGUGACAUCAUCGACACAGGGGGUGUGACAUCAUCGCCACAGGGUGUGUGACAUCAUCGCCACAGGGGGUGUGACAUCAUCGACACAGGGCUGGGACCAGGACAACAAACAUCUGGUGAUGGAGUGACCCGUUGAAGAACCAGCUGACAGUACAGUGACAGGGACCAGAGUCCAACAAGGGACCAGGUGACGUUUGGACAGGUUGCUGGACACACAGUGGACGUCACAGUGGAGGACGUUGGUCUUUACAGCUGCAGAAAACACUGUGGUCCAAAGUGUCUUUGUUGAACACCAUGUGAUCUGAGGAGGAUCCAUUUAAAGGUUCGGUUCUGUCUGGUGUCUGGUGGAGACGCUUCAAGUUGUCAGGUGGACGCCCACACCACAUCCUGUUCCCUCCUUUGGCUCUCAAAGGUUUCAGGAAGUGGUCAGUUUAAGAGGAAGUGGUCAGUUUAAGAGGAGAGGAAGUGACAAGUGAAAAAGACAAGAUAAGAAGAUAAGAAUGACAGAUGAAACGUUUGACGUCACUGGGAAGAGAAUGAUUUUCUGCACGGUUCUGGUUCUUCAGGUGACAGGCCUGUGUUCGGCCCACAUCACAACAGCUGGAGAUGCAGUCACUCUGCCUUGUGGAUUGGUGAAAGAGGACGUGGUUCCAGACUGUGGAGGAUUCAACUGGACCCAUGACCAGACCUCACUGGUGGAGUUUGGACAGAACGUUGCUCCAGACACUCACAGAAACAGAGUCUCUUUGACAGAGAUCUGUUCCUUGACCUUGACGGAGGUCAGAGUGGAGGACGUGGGUCUUUAUUUCUGCAAGACCUCCAAUGAAAAAGGUUGGAGUUCUUCUGCAGUUCAUCUGGCUGUGGUCACAAUAACGGAGCAGACGGUCUCCGACCAGGUGACCUUGACCUGCUCUGUGUUCACCUUCUCAGACUGCAGAUACUCGGUGAGGUGGGUGAGUCCUCCUGGUGUGGACAAAGACACAGGUCUACACUCUGAGAGAGCGGGCUUCAGAUGCUGGGCCACGGCCACGUGGGCCACAAGGCAUCUUACAUCAAGAGAGAAGCAGUCGUGGAGAUGUUCAGUGGCCUCCAAAGACCUGAGAGAACUGUUUGAGUCUGAGAUCAAGAGAUGGCCAGGUGAGAGAACAGAGGUGACCACUGAGUGAGUGGGUGAUUUUAAAGGGACAUUCUGGUUGCUUUUAUGAUAAUAACCCCCGCCCCCUGCACCGAGUAGCUACACCCACUCCCACUCCCACCUGUGUGAGGGUCUUUCAUGGACUUUACUCAAACGUGACCACACGUGUGUCUUUUUAAUCCAGGGCUGUUGACCAGCUGGGUCAGGAAUCCAGUUCCAAUCAGUUUGUGUGACACACAUUGAAGUACGUAUUAAACGUAGUACGUGUCACACGUCAAAACAUCCGUUUGCUUCAUCACUUAAGUUCACUCUGACCUUUGAGGAAAAAAACCAACCGAGACCUGGGGUCCCAUCCAUCACAGUAGUGUGUGUGAUCAAAUGUGUGCGUGCCAACGCUCCCGUACAAACUGGGGAAUUUAUUGAUGUGUAGAAAUUCAGACACACCUCUGACCAUGAAG